UCAUGACUUUCCCUUGCGUUCUAAGUUUCAAGCGCCGUCACCACAAAGAGAAAGAAAGCAAGAGUCGGAGAGUAUUUACAGUUGCAGCAGAAGUAGAAUAAGUAGAGUAGAAGAGAAGGGUAAACAGGUCAAAGGAAAAAAAAACGAUAUGGCUGCGGUGUUAGAGUUACCACCGGGAUUCAGGUUCCAUCCAACGGAUGAGGAGCUUGUGAUGCACUACCUUUGCCGUAAAUGCGCGUCGCAGCAGAUUGCUGUUCCUAUUAUUGCUGAAAUCGAUCUGUACAAGUACGACCCAUGGGAUUUACCUGGUAUGGCCUUGUACGGAGAAAAAGAGUGGUAUUUCUUUUCACCUAGAGAUAGGAAAUAUCCAAACGGAUCGCGGCCGAAUCGGGCUGCGGGAAGCGGCUACUGGAAGGCAACCGGUGCAGAUAAGCCAAUUGGACAGCCAAAACCCGUUGGAAUCAAGAAAGCGUUGGUUUUUUACGCAGGGAAAGCUCCUAAAGGAGAGAAAACUAACUGGAUUAUGCACGAAUAUCGAUUAGCUGACGUGGAUCGUUCUGCUCGCAAGAAAAACAGCUUAAGGCUUGAUGAUUGGGUGUUAUGCCGCAUAUACAACAAGAAAGGCACAAUUGAGAAGCAAGGGCAAUUGAGUAAUAAGAAAAUAAUUAACUACUCGCCAUCGAAUAUAAUCGAAGACAAAAAGCCGGAAAUAAUGGCGCCGCCCCCUGCGCCGUCGUCCGGGACUGGAACGGCGAAUGAUUUCGUUUAUUUUGAGUCCUCCGAUUCGGUACCGAAAUUGCACACGGACUCGAGCUGCUCGGAGCACGUGGUGUCUCCGGAAUUCACGUGCGAGGUGCAAAGUGAGCCAAAAUGGAAAGACUGGGGCAGUAAUGUAAAUGCUCUCGAUUUUCCUUUUAAUUACAUGGAUGGCAGUAUGGACAGCGCUUUCGCGUCGCAGUUUCAGAAUAAUAAUCAGAUGUCUCCGCUUCAGGAUAUGUUCAUGUACCUGCAGAAGCCGUUUUGAGGAGGGAAAAGAAAAGUCAAUUUUUUUGACCUGAUGUGGUGCCUAAUCGCACGGUAGCACGAGACUGAAAGUCUAUGAGUGUGCCUGUGUGAGAGGGUAAUACAUACUCAUUUUUAUUUUGGGAGUACCGAUCCUGCUGGUGGACUAUGGAUUUGGGUACAGCAGAAAAUAGUGAAAAUUAUAUGUAUGUGUAUAAAGGGUAGGGGUAGGAAGGUCAUUGUUGGGAUUUAUAUUCAUAUGUUAUUGUACUUCUGUGUUUUCUUCUUCUCUUUGCCAAAACCAGUUCUUAUUAGAAAAAACCAUUCAUCUAAA